GUGAAAAAGUGUAGCGACUGUAGACGCUUGAGUCGGAGUUGCUUGUGAUUAUUUUGUCUUGUAUGUUAUAGUAAAAAAUGUUCAAACUACAUAUGAAAAUAGGCAUAUAUAAAACUUAGCCAUUCCUCUAUUACAAUGACAACUCAGCUGGACUGCAUUAUUAAGGUCGGAGGUAGUGCCUUGACGUAUAAAACGGAGGGUAACCAGGAAGUCAAAAAAGAUGCACUCCGUACUGUUGCCAAAAUAAUGACACUGUGCAUGGUGAAGCAUAUGAAAUGUAUUCUAGUUCAUGGUGCAGGCUCAUUUGGCCAUGGGUCAGCCAAACAGUGGGGCUUGAAUUUGGGUUGGAAAGGAAACCAGAAAGAUCCAGACUAUCCAGAACCACUCAAUAGAGUGAAAAUGGGUUUCUGCAUUACUCACAGGGAGGUUCUACUUCUCAACCAAAUGUUGGCAAGAGAGCUGACAGAGCAUGGCGUACAGGCUCUUGCACAAUCUCCAGUGUCGACCUGGGAGACGGAUUACGGAAUCGUUGUGAAGCACAGUGCAGAGGUUCUCGCCAGACAGGUGGAGCUUGGCUUCAUCCCGCUCCUGCACGGUGACACCGUGUUCGACAGGAGCUGGGGCUGUCACGUGCUGAGCGGAGACACAAUCGUAGAGGUUCUCAGCAGUGCAAUGAGUGUAAAGAGGGUCAUCUAUUUAACAGAUGUUUGUGGCGUCUACGACAAGCCUCCUGAAAUUGGUAGGUUUUUACAUGACAUUGGUCUUGGUGUACAGUGAGUGUGCUUCUGGUGUGUGAACGCGUGUGUAUUUGUGUGUUCACAGCUGGAGAGGCUGCCAUAAAAUAGCUGGUGUUUAUAGGUCUAUUGCCUCCAAGAACAUAAAUUCAGCAAUAGAGAAAAGCCGAGGUGGCAGCACUAAUGUGUGCUCACUACUGGAGCAUUGCCAAAAUGCUUGUAAUAAUACAACAACGGGUUUACUUAGAAUUUAAACAAGCAUUAUUGUUGCCCAGUGCAGAUUUUAAGAUCACGUUUGCCCCUUAUUGUGUUUAGUUUACGGCAAUUCUAGACCUUUGGGUCUUGUUUUAAAUAGGCUGAGCUAAGUAGUUGUGUAUGGGAUCAGAUGGUGAGCGAGUGCGCGUUUUGCAAGGUCGUGGUCUAGGUCCAAAUGCAUGGUGAAGCAUGCAGGGUGUGGCAGCGUGUUGCACAAGCACAAUAACCGGUGUUGUUGUUUUUUUCUUUUCAUUUCUUUAUACUAGCUAUUAUGCUUUUAGGGGAAAUCAUUGUGAAAAGCACUAACUAUUUGAGAAUUAAAACUGAAAUUUAUUUUAUACUUCCUCUGUGGCUAUGCAAUUUUAAUUAUUAUAGAGUCAAUACUGAGCCUUUUACAAUACGUAGAUAGGUAAUCAUUUGACCUAGGUUUGCUAUGAAUGCCGCUUCACUGUAUGUAAAUAAAAUAUAUGUAAGUGAAAUACCCUUAGUGAAUAAUUAGGUGACCCAUGUAAUUAGCCCUGAAUCAAUAUAAUCACGAGCAUAUAUAAAUCAGUUUGUGCGUGUGCAUGUGUUCGUGGUACAAAACCUUGCAGCAAUUAUUCGCGAAUUCGUAAAAUUACGGGGGAUCGAGCAUUGGCGGCAUCAUCGGAUAACUCAUGUUACCCGCAUCAAUCAUAGAAGCGCGCGAAUCGUAGCUAACGCGUGAUCGCUAACACUAGA